AUGCUCCGUGGACCGGUCGCUGCGGCCCAGGCUCGCCUGGCCCAGGCGGCAGAUGCAGCUGUGAAGCGAGAGGGCUCCUGGGCGGCUUCAGGGCUCUUUCCCGGCCUGACCUGCCGUGCAGCCGCCAUCCCAUGGUGCACAGGAGAUGCUGCGCCAAGACAGGCGCCAGGGGCACGGCAGGCGACGGGCGGAGUUCCCUCCGGCGCGCCGGCCCCGGGGGCGGGCCGCGGCGCAGCGGUGCAGAGCCGCCGGCUAUUCACCUGCGACGUACAGGCGGCCGUGCUGAGCAGCAAGGGGGCGUUGCCUCCGCAACUGAGCCUGCUGAGCGGCCCGCCUGCUGCGUGCAGCCAUGCAGACUUUGUUAGGCUGCAGGCGCAGCUCUCCAGCAGAGCCGAGCGCCCGGGCGGCGCGGCCUCGCCUGAGGAGAGGGCCGCGAUAGUGGAGCGGCUGCGGCGCCGGCUGGCCGAGCGGGGCCUGUCGGGGCCGUCGGCCGGUGCUGACUCAGCAGUAGCGGCUGCCGCGCAGCUGCCGGGCCUGCAUGCCAGCACUGCGUGGGAGGUCAGCACGCAGAUGAAGGCCGCCAUGCGCAGAGGGGACCACGCCGCCGCCGCACAGCUCUUCGACCCUUCUUUCCUGCUGCACGUGAACCCCAUAGUGGCAGCGGACGUGUGCGACAAGCUGCUGGAGGCAUGCGCGCGGCUGGCGGAGGCUGAGCUGGCGGUACAGGUGGCGCAGUCCAUGCGCGGGCUGGGCAUCCCCGUGGGCUACGUCGCGCACGGCUGCGUGCUGCGCGCGCUCUGCAUGGCCGGCGGCCACGAGGCGGCUCUGGCCUAUCUUGCAGCAGAGGUACCGAGCAGCUCGCAGAGCACCAUAAUGUACAACACCAUUCUGAGCUCCGCACAGCACCACGGCAAGGCCGCCGUCAGCGCCAAGGCCCUGGAAAUUAUGGUGGAGAAUGGAGUGCCCCGGGAUGCUCAGACGUGGGUCCAUGUCUUUCGCUCCCUGGGGUCGGCAGGGGAUGCAGAAGCGGUGGAAGCGCUGUGGCAGCAGGUGGAGGAGGGAACGCGCGGCAGCAUCUCCGUGCGCUCAGCCGCGGUCUGCGCGCUGUGCGCCUGCGGCCGGCUGGAAGCCGCAGCCGCCGCGCUGCAGGAGCUCCUCAGCCUCUAUGCUGUUGCGUACGGCAGCGAUGGAGAUCCCUCGGCUAGAGGGUCAGCGCAGAGGACAUCUCCUUAUGACAGUCAAGGGCCGGUGACAGCGCAGACGCCAGCCGAGCAGACAGAAGAAUCUGGCAGGGCGCCUGUAGAAGGGAAUGCGCGGAAGACGAGCGCCGGCGCGGAGGAGGGAACGGUGGACGUCUGGAGGGACGCUGCGAGGGCGGCGGCGCAGGCCUGCCACCAGGUCAUCCAUGCUGCCGAGCGCGCACGUGACGCGGAGCUCGCGCACCGAGUGGUGCUGGCCAUGCAUAAGGCGGGCGUCCGCGCGGACACAGCAAUCUACAACAGCAUCCUGCGGCUGGUGGCGGCAGACGGCGGCGGCCCGACCGGGCUCGAGGCGGUGGUGACUGAGAUGGGGGUGCGGGGUAUCCCCCUGGACCGCCGCUCCUACUUCCUGCUGCUGCGAGCAUGUGGCAGUGAUGGCGAUCUGUCUGGCGCCAUGAGCGUCAUGCAGCGCAUGCUGCAGGAUGGGAUCACCCCAGACCGAUUCACGUUCAACGCGCUCCUGGAGGCGCAUGCAGCGGCGGGCAGCUUGGAGGGGGCGUCCAAGGUGUAUGACACUAUGGCGCAGCGCCGAAUCGCUCCAGACAUCUGCACCUUCAUUGCCCUAUUCCAGGCGGUGAAAGCCCAGGGACCGCUGGAGGCACCGGCGUCGGCAGCGGCGGCCGCCCAGGACGGCGGCGGCGCGUCGCUGCUGUACCACAUGCGGGGUAACGCGCGCGCGAACGCAGCCGACCUGCUGCACAACUGGCUGCAGGACUUUGAGGCCUCCGGCGUACCCCACACCCCCCAGUCCCUCACCGCCCUCGUCCAGGCGCUUGGGCACACAUGCCUCAUUGAGCCCAUGCUGGAUCUCAUCGGGGAGGCAUGGAACGCCCCAGACCUGCCCAGGCCCAGCAUCUACGCCUGCAACGCGGCCAUCGCUGCAUGCGCGCGCGUGGGCCGCCUUGAGGAGGCCAUGGCCCUCUACAAGGACAUGGAGAGGGGGGGGCUGGCCGCUGACAUGUACACAUACACCUCACUCAUUGGCGGGUGUGCAUACACCAGGCAGCCUGCGCUCGCUUAUGAGCUGUUUGAGGAGAUGCGCCAGCAUGCCCUCCGGCCCAACGUGUACACCUACAAUGCGCUGAUCAAGGCAGAGUGCCAUGUCGGCAAUUUCACCCAGGCGCUGCACUUGGUAGAUGUGAUGGAGGAUGAAGGAGUGGUGCCAGACGUGGCCACAUGGGGCACGCUGAUGUCAGCCGCCAAGUACCUGGGGCAGACAGCAGCUGCUGAAAUGGUCUUGGAACGAAUGAAUGGUCGUAGAGAGCAGCAGGCAAACUUGCAGCCAGCCUCCAGCGCUCCAAGCAUGCAUGCGGAGCAGAUGAGAGCGACUGAGGCGUUUGGGGAGGGCAUGGGUGGCAAUAGCGGCUGGGAUGAUGAAGAGGAUGAUGACAUGUUUGGUGGACCUAGGUUCUGAUGAUCUAAGCAGGGUCAACGCCUCAGUUUCUCCUCACCCCGGCUUUGCAUGCGCUCGCGUGAAUGUUUAUGUCAUCCGCUGGAGUCCCCUGAUAUAUCACUAUAUACGAGACUGCUAUAGCACUAAGUAGUGAAACGUUGCGAGCUCGAGGUCGGAGACUCCAGUGGAACACUGAUGAAUUCAGUGUGAUCUAGAAGAAUCAAUUCCAACUGCGAAGUUUUGCUAGACAUUUCAGGGCUGUUCAUGCUCAAAGAGUUGCUUAGGAGAUGUGGUCUUUCAGCCAGGACUCGAGGGUUGUGGGGGUAAUGAUGGAAGGGUUGGGCGGAAACAGAUUGAACGUCCGAGUCAGAUCACGGGGUCAGGUGAUGUGGCCGUAGUCUCGGAAAAUAAAUGCAAUUGUCGCGACGACAAGCAUUGAAUGAAUUGAAAUCCAUUCUU